AUGGCACUGGUGAAGAGUGGUUGGCUUUGGCGGCAGAGUUCCAUCCUGCGCCGCUGGAAGAGGAACUGGUUCGUGCUCUACCUGGAUGGCAGCUUGGUGUACUACCAUGACGAGACGCAGCGUGACAUGGACGGACGGAUCCACAUCAAGUACAGCUGCCGGGACGUGAGGAUCGGCCGCGAGUGCAAGGACGUGCAGCCGCCCGAGGGGAGGAGCCGCGAGUGCCUGCUGACCGUGGUGCUGCGGGACGGCUCCAAGACGACGCUGUGUGCCGAGAGCCAGGACGACGCUGUUAGCUGGUUUUAAGCAGUCUUAAAAAGUCUGUCUU